AAAGGCCAACCAAAAAACCAAACAUUACCAAUUUUCCCUUUUCCAUAUAUGCCCCUAAUAUCUCCUCCCUCUUCCAUGGCUUCUUCAAUCCCUCAUCACUUCUAUUCAAACUACACAUUCACUACUAAUUCUGAUAUUCUUGAUUUUCCAACACAACUUUUCUCUUCUUCACAUGAUAUCAACAACAACUUUAUGGAUAAUAAUAAUUUUAAUUCUAUGAUGUGGGGUUGUCAAGAUAGUUUAAUGCCUGUUUUUGAUAAUGGAGGAUUUGAUGAUCAAAUUGUGUCACUUGAUUGUGAUACUAUGUUGUCUUCUUCUUCUGCUGCUGGUUGGAUUAAUAUUAAUCCAAACUUUGGUGAUCAACAUGAUUUUGCUGUUCCAGCUUUGUUGUCAGAUUGUAAAAUGGGAUUCUAUGGUGGUGGUAAUGCCAUUAAUGGAGGGUUUCAGAAUUUCAAUAGCAGAUAUAAUCAGCCACAUAUUGCUCAUGAAUUUGGUGAUGAAUGUUGUGCUUUUGUUGAAGAUGUUAAACCACCUUCAGCUUAUCCUAAUGCUGCAAGAGAAAAUUGGGGAAUUCAGGGCAAUCAAAUAGCAGCAGUUGAAGAACCAAACAUAAAGGUUGGAAGGUACUCAGAAGAAGAAAGGAAAGAAAGAAUUCUUCGAUAUUUGAAGAAAAGAAAUCAAAGAAAUUUCAACAAAACCAUCAAGUAUGCAUGUCGGAAAACUUUAGCUGAUAGAAGAGUGAGAGUUAGAGGAAGGUUUGCAAGAAACAAUGAGAUAUGUGAAGAAGAUCACAUGGCCACAAAAAAGCUAGAGAAUCAUCAUGAUCACAGUGAAGACUUUUAUGCUUCUGAUUCAUUCCAAUUCCAGUUAAAGAAUGAGGAGGAGGACUGGCUUCAAGAGGCCAUGGCAAGUUUGGUCUAUUUAUCUCAUUCAUCACCAGAAGAUAUGUAACUUAAUUAGCAUAAACAAUUCCACAUAUGAUUAAUUACUUUAUAUAGCUCUUGUAUGCAAUAUUGAAAGCAUUGUUUCUCACAAGAUUUAAAUUAAGCUAGCUAGUGUGGAAGGUGAAUAGGAAGAGAGUUAACUAGCUAGCUAGUUAUUUUAAAUUAAGUGUAAGGUAAUUAAUUUUUCUUUGAUAUAAUUAAUUAAGCACGUAGAUGUAAACUCUAAUUGCAUGGCAAUGUAACCAUUGGUUGUAGAUUGUUUGAUGUUAUUUAUAGGCAUCUUUUUUUAGGUGUUAAUUCAA